UUGGUCGCAGCCGGAUCCCCCCUACAAGUCUAGAAAUGCAGGUUCGAUAGAAGGAAGCAAUCUUGCUAACGGGGGCGGAGCUUUUUAACGACCUUCAUGACCUGUCAGAUCGGAUAGCACUGCUAAAACGGAGAAUGAGCUGGUGGGGCCUCCACAUCGGGCGGAUUCUGGAGCCCAAUGGCAAAGUGUCAGUCUUAUCAUCUACGGUUGAGAGCGCUAGCACCUCAGGCUUUCGGUUAUAGUGUACGCGGCUCGGGAACCGACCACACGAGGUUGUUGUGCGGUGGAAAAGUGUCGCUAAAUGCGGACGAUGCAGUGUUGGCGGGUGCCUAUACACCGGCCUAGCUACUUGGAUGGCUGAUAAAAGGUGAAGAGAUUCUACCGCGGUCUUGCUUUGGAGAGUAACCGACGUACGCUUUGCCGUUAGCAAAUACAAUACUCGAGCCUUCAGGGUCGAACAAAAUUUAACGCAGGGGAGACCAAAUUCCAAGCAUACCUACCGAAGUACGGAGUAGCUGCACCCUC